AUGCCAGAAAUGGGGCCCGUAAUUCUUUCGCUUGUACAGAAACUGCACAGAGGAGAGUUCAAAGACACCCUGAUCGAGCAUUUAGCCUAUCGGUCCGUGAUUGAGGCUGUUGGGGGUGAAAAAGACUUCGCCCAAAUGGCAUUAAAUGCAAUCGACCCUCGUGUUCUUGCCCUCCAAGGCAAAAUAAUCACAGUGGAAAUGCUGGAUAGAAUCCGUGCAUCCCAGAUGCAAGAACUUGAUCCUUGGCCUCAUUCUAAUGGUGGUUACUGUGACUUUAUAACCGAUUCUCGGGAUACGGAUUACUGGCGGGGAUAUGUCGGACAGGCCUCGGUGUUGGCAAUUCGGAUCCCUCAGCAUUGUAGUGCAAUACGAGUUGGAAAAAACAAUACCUUGCACUAUCACAUUGUCACAAACCCUUCGGCGGCAGGCUACCGCUACGGCAAUUUCAUUCGGCUGGAACUCGCACCGAGGGUUCGGGGGGAGUUUACAAAACUUCUCGAGGGCUCUACAGACCCCGAGAUCCGUGAGUGGCCAAGUAUACGAGCACAGCAGAAGCACCAGCCCAACGCCUCAGCGAAAAACCUGGUCGAAACUCAGAGAUGCCCCAGGUUGAGCCUGGAAGAAAACAUCAAUGCUCUUUAUACUGCUAUCCAGAGUGGAAAAGAGUUUGCUGAAAUGGUUUUCUGGCCGUCAAAGGAGAAAAUUCCCUGGGCGCCUCAUGGUAGCGAGAUCCAGCCCUUAGAUCUGAAGGCUUGGUUUGAGGGCGUUUCAAACUGGCUCUUGAAGAAUCAUUGUACCAAGAGUGAUCUGGCAAUCCUAGUAGGCACUACAGUAGCCUCUGUUGGCAUCAUGUUAGAUAGUGUCCCGAGCCACGAUUAUGGCGAGAUAUCCCUCCCUUGGGGAUUGAGAGAAAGCGGGUUCACGGACAAAAAUUCUUUGAUAUGGUUUGCCAGUUUCCAAAAGUACAAGCUUAUCCCAGGGACAUUCCAAGCCAGCAUGCCACAUGAUGCAGAUACGGAAUUCUUCUCAAAAAGUACCCACGAAUUGAUUGGGAAAAGCAGCCUGCGGGUCAUUCUGCUCUGCGGAAAACUUGCAGAAAAGAUAGCUCUCACAGAGCAAGACCUCAAACAGAACUUUACUUUGGAACUCCAGGGUGUCCGCUAUGAAAUCUGGCUAAGACUCCGACACCAUACCAUCGAGCGCAUCUUUGUGAGAUCGCCUGCUCCUCUUAUCAAACUAUGGUCGAACAAAGGCUCCGCAGCUGUCAAGAUUGACGUAUUGUUCAGGUUCGUGUCAGCAGUCUCAAGCACUAGGCUCUCCACGACAUUCUAUGAGAGUGCACUCACAGUAGCACUAGUGAUUCGUGGGUGGGAUGACGAGAGAUCUCAGAGGAUUGACCCACUCGAACUAGAGCUAGGAAAAGUCAACCCAACUUUAAGGAUAUGGCUAGAAAGGUUAGGUUUUAGGGAAGACAAUCAUGUCCGCCGUCUUGCGGAGUGCACAUCGGGGUCAUUGAGGCUUGGUUUGCUCGUUCUCUUGAAAGUCUUACCAAGAGCUCCACCGGGAGUAGGGCCCAGGAAAAUCCCACAGUCAAAGACAAGGCGAAGGGGUGUGAUCUCUCCAGAGACAAUGCAGAAAGUCCGCCUAUUGCUGAAAGAUGUUCAAAAAGAGCUUAUCUCAGUGCCUAAGACUGAGGGCGGCGACAUCAUCAAGCCCCCAGACACCUUGGUAUCAUCGGAAGACACAAUAUUGGUGGAUGAAGAUCUCAUAAUGGAAGCGGUUGAGCAUGGGAGUGUAACGAUCAAAGACUUUGACUCAAAGGAGGAGAGACUAAUGAUCGACCGGUUACAAAAAAAGACACCCAAUACAACAGAGGACACGAAUCCAGGAAAGGGAAUUUCAGCACCUACCAGUUCAACUUUCAGCACGCAACUAUCCGAAUCCACCAGGCGCCUCCAAAUCAGACGUUUCUUUGUGAAAGCCGAGGUAGCACCUGUGGGCAAAAGGCAUCCCCAUGCAUAUGCCACCAGCGCCUCAGAAACUGAUCCAGGCAUGCGAUUUGGCUUUCGAGUUUCCUUACGUGAUGACAAGGGAGAAGACUCAUUCGUGGAGUAUGCGAGCAGCUCUACGUGGCAAGCCAUUGCGAUCGCUAAUUCAUUUGUGGAUGGCCUAGAUGGUGACUCAUUUGAAGAGAUAUGCCGUCGAAAAAGACGAUUUGUCUGGGUCGAUAAAAGGAUCAAGAACGUGCCAUCAGAACUGCGGCCAUUUGUUAAUGAGGCGUACCGGGACGACGAAAACAAUGUAGUCAGGUUCAAUAGUGCUUCCCCCAAGGUGCAGAAGCCAGCAUGA